AUGUCCAAACCCGUCGUUGAAUUCGUCUACUUCACCGCGUCCGACGCCUACAAGGCCGACGACUCUCUCAUUGACAGUGCCGUAUCUGCCGUUGUCCGCGCACCGGGGUCGCAAAACUUAUUCCGCGGGAUACAGACCGAGGAUGGCGCAACUCUCUACAUUGCCGUGGCUUGGGACUCCAUAACGUCGCACGAGAACCUCAUCAAGAACGAGGCAGAAUACACGCCGCUCGUCUCCGUCCUCCAGCGCGCGAUCGCGCCCUCCGCGGCGAUGGCGAUGCUCCACGCCGAGUUCAACGACCACGCCGCCGCGGUGCGCGCGCUCGCGGACCCCGCGACCGAGCUCGCGUUCUUCACGCUCAAGAGCCCCGACGAGGCUGCGGUCCUCCCGGCGAAGAUGGCUGCGCUGGAGAAGGAGCUCGAGCACGCGCCUGGGAGGAGGUCGUAUACGUGGGGUAAGGUCGUAGAGAAGGAGGAUCAGAUUUUGCUGAUUAUUGGGUGGGAUUCGGUGGAGGCCCACUGGGACGCAUUGAAAGUGGACAAGCCCUUCGCCGAUGCGGUUGCUUCGGCCAAGGAGUCUGUGAACAUUGACUUGGUCCAUGUGCAUUUCCAGGAGUUCAAGCCGUAAAGCACUAUGGCAUUAACACAAGUCCCAGUCAGG